AUGUUACUGGGCCUAAAUGCUUUGAAGAUCUACGCUCUUUUAAUGGAAUUAUCAGUAACACUUUUAAAGAUGCAUGUAUUCGACGUGGUCUGUUAUCAGAUGAUGCGGAAUGGAACCAUUAAAAUAUCACCAGAGCUGGAUAACCUUAUCACCGAAAAUCUCGCGCUAUGCCACAUCAAUCAAAUUUUGAUUCAAAAUGGUAAAUCUCUUAAGGAUUUUUUGGGAAUGCCUAUCCCUUUAUUAUCCACCCAAUCUCCAUCUGCUACAGCUAAUAUUAGGUGUCACCUUAUUCGGGAGGAAAUUUCCUACGAUACUGAUGAUAUGUAUAAAAAAUAUUUGGCUAACUACAAUUUAUUUAAUCGGGAUCAAAAUAUUAUCUAUGCCAAAAUUAUGUCCUUGCCCUCCACUCCAUCCCAUAAUUUAUUUUUUAUAGAUGGUCCUGGUGGUACUGGAAAAUCAUUUCUAUUAAAUACAAUAUUAUUUAACUUGAGAGCUCAAGGUAAAAUUGCUAUAGCUGUUGCAUCAUCUGGCAUAGCUUCAACUCUUCUUCAUAAUGGCCGUACUGCACAUUCACGUUUCAACAUCCCCUUAAGUAUUCAUGAAAGUUCCUCAUGUAAUAUUCCUUACCAAAGCCAAAUAGCUGAAUUGAUAAGACAAUCGGUAAUUAUAAUAUGGGACGAAAUAUCAAUGACUCAUAAACAUAUAUUCGAAGCCGUGGAUAGGUCAUUUCAGAAUAUAAUGAAAUUAGACAAACCGUUUGGUGGUAAAAUUAUUAUUUUUGGCGGAGAUUUUAGACAGAUUUUACUUGUUAUUAAACGUGGUGGAAGAUGCGACAUUGUUAACUCAACCUUAAAACGAUCCUAUUUAUGGUCGCAUAUAGUGCCAUUAAGACAAUACAAUACGCCCUUUAAAACAUCAUUUGCUCAAAAUGCAAUCCUGACCCCUAAAAACGUAGAUGUCGAUUCUAUAAAUAUUAAAUUGAUUAACAAAAUUCCGGGAGAUUUAAUUACAUACAUAAGUUCUGAUAAAACGAUAACCGAGGAUGAAGCGACGUUUUAUCCCACUGAAUUUUUAAACUCUUUAACUAUAUCAGGAUUACCACCUCACAAACAUUUACUCAAAGUCGGGGUACCUAUAAUAUUAAUGCGUAACUUAAUCUGUGGUUUGAAUAAUAUGACUAAAUUGAUUAUAACUUCUUUGCUACCAAAUAUAAUUGAGGCGGAAUUUGUUUCUGGUAGUUUUCUCAGUACUAAAGUUCUCAUUCCUAGAAUAAGUUUAAUUCCUACAGAUUCUGGCUUGCCAUUUUCCUUUAAGCGCCGCCAAUUUCCCGUGAGACCUGCUUUUGUCAUGACAAUUAAUAAAGCUCAGGGACAAACGUUGAACAAAGUUGGCAUCUAUUUACCUCAUCCUGUUUUUUCACAUGGACAGCUAUAUGUGGCUAUGUCUCGAGUUUGUUAUCCUCAUAAAUUAAAGAUUAUAACCAAUGAUAAAACAAAGACUACUACCAAUGUGGUAUAUCAUGAGGUUAUAUCCGAUUAA